CUGUUCUUGUCGUCAAGGUGCGGUGGUUGGCAACCCGUGCGAACUGAUCAAGGUUCGCAUGCAACAAGGAGGGAUUCACAGAUAUAGAAACGUGUUCCAUGGUAUAUACCGUAUCGCGAAGGACGAUGGCGUCGCGUCGCUGUGGAUAGGGACUGGACCCGCCGCAAUGCGCGCAGCACUGCUCACAUCGUCGCAGCUCGCAACGUACGACCAAAGUAAACAGAUGUUAAAGCGCGUGACGGGAAUUCAGGAAGGCCUUCUUGCGCAUUUCGGCGCCGCCAUGACUGCGGGGCUGGUGACUACGACCGUAUCGACGCCCGCGGAUGUGGUCAAGUCGGUCGUGAUGAGUUCUAAGCCGCAGGUGGAAGUGCGAAAAUGCGUGGAACAUAUUUAUCGAAAUGAAGGAGUCCGUGGUUUCAUGCGGGGGUGGACGGCCAAUUACGCACGACUCGGACCGCAUACGUUGCUCACAGUGAUUGCCUAUGAAAAUUUGCGCACAGCGGUUGGCUGGAGCAAUUUGUGA